AUGGGCCUGAGGGGGGCAGGGCACACCACGAGGAGCCUCCGGGAGAAAAAACGGAAUUCCUGGCUCUCUGAUGCCCAGGGCAAGGGGAAACUGAGGCAGCAGGACCAGGGCUCCUUUAACGCAGUGAUCUAUGAUGAUGUGCACAUCAACUUCACUCAGGAAGAGUGGGCUUUGUUGAAUUCUUCCCAGAAGAGUCUCUACAAAGAUGUGAUGCUGGACACCUACAGGAACCUCACUGCUAUAGGCUACAGUUGUGAAGACCAUAAUAUUGAAGAACAUUGUCAAAGUUCUAGAAGACAUAGAAGGAAUGAAAUAAAGCAAACAGGAGAGAAACCCUGUGAAUAUACUCAAUGUGUUAAAGCCUUUGUGUGUUACAAGCAUCUUCAAAGGCAUGAAAAAGUUCAUACUAGAGAUAAACCGUAUGAAAGUAUUCAAUAUGGUGAAGUCUUUGCAUGUCACACUUGUCUCUGA